AUGCGUGGGGAGAGGAGUGGAGGGAGGAGUGGAGGAGGGGGAUGGAGGUCCCGCGCCCGCCACGAGACGAGAGCGAUGCAUCGGAAGGAAUCCUGGUCGGAUACUAUUAUAUAA